AUGAACAGGUGGAACAGUCUUGAGAACCCGGCCAAUCAUGUCUGUGGCCUUUGAAAAUACUCGUGGUGAGAGAGCAAAGCGUUUCAGGAUACGGGCCAUUUAAAUCUGGCGUCAGUCGUAAGUUUGGCAGGCAUCCUACAUCUCACAGACCGAAGUUGCCACCACGUAUAGAAAAUUUUCCCGGGAAACACAUCACACACAUGGCGUCCAGCCUCUUGUAGCUCCUUCACGCCACAUAACCAAUUUUAGGCCUCAUUUAAGCAUUACCAGCCUCAUUUAGCUCCAGAGACAUGCUGCUCCUGAACCUGCCGCCCCCAGUGGAGGGAAUCAAGCACCGUCAGGAGAAUACCAAGCUGUGGAUACACGAGGAACUGUAUGGUCCGGGCACUCUGUACAUUGCUGAGAGCCAUGUGUCGUGGGUGAAGGAUGGCUCGGAGCAACACACUCUCUCCCUGGCGUACCCACACAUCGCCAUCCAUGCUGUGAGCCGAGACACAUCCAACCAGAAUCAGCCGUGCCUCUGCCUCAUUGUUGACACCACCAUCAACCUGCCCUGGGCUGGCACACCAAACAUCACAACAGGAACAGACUCGGACGAUGAGGACGACGAGGAGACGGCUUGCACGGAGCUGAAAUUCAUCCCGACAGACCCCAUGUCCCUGGAGCCGAUGUACCAAGCCUUGAAUGAGUGCCAGGCGCUGCACCCCGACCCCCAGGACCAGUCUGAUGACGAUGCGUGGCCAGAAGAUGAUGAGGAAAACUUUGAUGAGGGCGAGUAUGAAGUAAGUGAGAAUGGCUACCAUGUGCCCUAUGAAGACGACAUGGAAGGAGUGGAUGACAUGGCCAGAGUUGGGAGCAGGACCAGUGCCCCCAACCACCUUGAGCAAGAGGCAGACAUUGACACAGAGGAGGCCAUGGAGACCGGGCAGUUUGAUGAUGCUGAUGAUUGAGUCCGAACAUUCCGCUACGGCCAAGGUGAUUCUGCGUGUAGUCAGCCGGGAUGGGAGCUUCUUGUUUGGGAGCUGUAAAUACAUGGGUAGCAUUAGAACAGGUACAAGUAGAGGUGAUUUCUUUAAUAUUACAGAAGUUGACUUGACAAUUAUUCUCUUUAAUGCUCUCAAUUUUUAUACACGUCUGACAAGUGAUGGUAGUAGUCACAAGUAAUGACCACACCAGUGUCACACAUGAACACUUGAAUCUUAAGUGAAAAUGACACAGUACAAAGAGCAUUGCUUACAGUUCAUCUGAUAAUUCUUAAAAAAUAAUCCCAGUAGCUUUUAGUAGAGAACAAACAUAAGUCAUAAGUCACUCUUGGUUGCUUCUGCUCAGGACACAACUAAGCCAUGCAUACAGUUCAGAGUUCAAUGAAUAACCCUUAGAAAAAUAAUCCUAGUAGCUUUUUUUAAUAGUGGACAAACAUAAGCUAGUUACUCUCAGUUGCCUCUGCUCAGGACAAAACCAUUUCAUUACAACCACUGUGAGUUUAAACAAGUCCUGUAUCCGACUGCCACACUGGCUGCACAUAGAUGAAGUACAUGUUGUUCUUGUAUCCUUGUUUAUGAUCUCUUGAAUAUGUUGCUUGUUCUAAACCUUGGAAAUUUUUAUAUGUGAGUGUAUAUUAGUAAGGAUCAGUUCUCUCCCUCUAGAGGCUAAGAUAUGAGGGCAUGUGUGUGUGUGUGUGUGUGUGUGUGUGUAUGUAGGUGCCAUGUCUCUCCAUUUUGUCAUGGGACAUAGAUAUUGGGAGGGAAUAUUUACCUAUAUGCUGUUAUGAUGUGUAGGAAUCCAUGUGAAGUACCAUAUUAUUUUAAACUCUUGGCCAUCUCUCAGACUAGCAGGAUGAUUUUUGUGGUCUUGUGGAAUCAUUACUUAUUCAAAUCUGUCACUCAAAGAUCUGCCAAGGGUUCCUCCACAUCCAGGUUCUUGUAUCAGUAGUUUAUCCCAGCCAUUGCUUACUCCACCAGGCCACAAAUCUCAACAGUGCAUUCUCCUAAUCUAAGGACUGUAUUUUGAACACUUCUGCAUUGCACCUCCACUACUUUCAAAAGGCUCUAGUUGAAGAUACGCAGAUUUUUAAGGGUGUUUUAUGGUUCUGGUGACAGAUUAACGAGAUUUCUACUUUAUUAACAGGAGACCCACUCUUGAGAACCCAGCUGAUCAUCUCUGUGGCCUUUGAAAAUAGUCAUGGUGAGAGAGCAAAGUGUUUCUGAAUGUGGACCUUGGUCGUCUCACUCUGCCUUUGUACAUAGAUGAUCAGACCAUCCCACCAUCAGUCCUGUCAGUACUUACCACAUGGUGCCAUCUCAGUGUGUGUGUGUGUGUGUAUGUGUGCGUGUGUGUGAGGAAUAGCUUUGGUUACCUGUGAUAGGCCAGAGUUUAUCUCCUCAAGAAAGAUGUGUGUUUAUUGGGACAAAUUCAAUUUUGUAACUCUUGUGAAAUUGGUUUACAAGACCGAGGACGCUAGGACUUCCUCUAUAAGCUUUUGUAAUAAAAUAUGAAUUACA